CUCUCUCUCUCUCUCGAGUCGAGAGAGAGAGAGAGCAUGAUGGUGUAUGAUGUAUGUAUGGCCGCGGGCGGACGCGGGGCUUUCUUGCGUCUGGCGUUUCUGGCAUUUCGCUGCCCUCGUCGCAUGAUCGCACGAUGGAUCAUGCAUGGCUCCGCGCCAUCAUCAUCCAUCCUUCGCAGUCGUCGGCCCAGCCCUCCUCAUCCGGUUUUGACGCUCAACGGUCUGCGCUGCGCUCUUCGCUUCCGUGUUUGUAAUCCAGAUUAGAAUCCUCGAUUUGUUCUUCUGCCCACUCUCUCCUCGAAGCAAGCUUGCCAGCGAUCGAUCGAUUGACCGAUCGAGGCCUGGCCUGGCCCGCUGGGAACAGGAAGCGAAUAUCGGAUCAGAUCACAUCACAUCACCUCCACGAGGAUUCGGAAAUUAAAUCAGACCGACUGACGUGACAUCAGUUCAGACAGAGACUCGGGAAGUCAAGAUCGUCUGUGUUCCCGCCGGUCUCUCAGCCUGGAUUCGGCACAGGCUCAGAUUGAGAAGAGUAGAGAGGAGAGGAGAGGAGAGGAGCUAAUUAUUCGUCGAUCGUAUCUGCGAAGGAGGUUUCUGGGAGCGGAACGGAAAGGCUAGGGAGUAGGAAGUGUUGGAGAAGUGAGAUCGAGUGAGUUUGUUGUUCUGGAGUUUAUGUGGGAGAUGAAUUGUGCCGCGGCGGUGGCAGGCAGGCAGGCAAGCAGGCCGAGGUUGAGAAAUUGAGGGUUGGCGAAGGUGUUAAUUCUGAAUUGAGAAAUUGAAUCGAAUUGAUCGAGUCUUGAAGGAGAGCGAGCUUGAAGGACUGACACGCGAAUGUUUGCGUGAUUGCAUCAAGAUCCAAAUGGACCAGUCGAGGGAAUCGGGUGGAGGCAGAAGGAGAAUUUGAUCUGUGAGAGUGGAAUCGGAUUUGACGUUGAGAGACGACAUCAUCAGAGAUCGACCAUCAUCAGAUGGCCAGGAAGGAGAGAAAAGGAGAUGAGAAGAGAACUGAGACUGUGGACUACAGAGACAGAGACUUGGAGAGGUUCUUGCUGGCAGGCACGGGGAAGCGCGAAGUGAAGCAGCAGCAGGAUCUGGAAAGUGGUGUGGAAGAUCCGAGGCCCAAAGCAUCGAAGCCGAAGAGGAGUUCGAGCUCAAGUUCCACAGACUACGACGAGCACCAGGAGCUGCCUCCCAAGAGGGGCCAUAGGGACAGAGACAGGAGAGUUCAAGCGGAGGUUCUCGAGAAGAUGGUAUUGAAGGAGACUGGUCCUGUGUUACCGUUUCUGAAGGUGGAGACACCAUCGACGAAAGAGUUCGAAUCGCUGGACCGCAGAGAUGUGUAUGCGAGCUCGAUGAAAUUCAUGAAGGCCUGGAACUGGGUCUGGGGAGGGUCGAAGUACUCCGGGGCUGCUUGCAUGGCCAUCUCAUCUCUGUCGUACGCUCUGAUGGGACUCUUUGUUAAAAUUCUAUCGGUGCGCUCGCUUCCUUCUUCACAGAUCGUGAUGUUUCGUUGUGGGUUAAUCUCACUGAUAGCCGGAGCAAGCUUGAGGCAAAUGAGACAUCCCCUCUUGGGAACUCCCAGAGUCCGAAAACUUGUCAUUGCUCGAGCGGUUGUCGGCUUUUUCUCCCUCUCUGCGUUUUUUUACAGCAUACAGAUCUUGCCUUUACGUGAUGCUACGGUUCUCAACUUCACGACCCCAGUAUUUACUGUUAUUCUAGCAACACUUUACCUGAACGAGCAUUGGGGUGCAGCUGAGGCUGCAGGAACGUUUUGUAGUUUCUUGGGUGUCCUACUGGUUACCCAACCACAGUUUCUUUCAGGUAAGCAUGCGAUAACAGACAGCAUUGGCGAUAUGUAUAUGGGAGUCGCCGUCGCCUUGAUAGCAGCUGCCACUGGAGCUCUCUCUUAUAUCAUAGUUCGCAUCAUUGGCCAACAAAAUGAACCUCCGUUAGUUUGCGUAUUUGCAUUUGCUGCAUUUUCUACUCCAAUGGCUGCUCUUGGAACCAUGAUGCAGGGCUAUAAAGUUCCGAACUCUACAGAGAUUGCGUUGCUGUUGCUGGUUGGUGUAAUGGCGUACUUUGCCCAGGUGUUUCUAACCAGGGCUUUGCAACUUGAGAAAGCUUCUAGUGUCACUCCUAUACAAUAUCUGAAGGUACUAUUUACAUUCAUCUUAGGGGUUAUGUUUCUCCAUGAGAUACCAACCCUCUGGGAUGUUCUCGGGGCCAUCCUGAUUGCUGGAAGUGCGGCUAGCAUCUCUUAUAAAAGUGCUCCGUAAGGAGGCAAUGGUUUUUGCACCGUCGUCAACUUACCACUAAAAUGUUCUGCCCAGUUACUGGCCUGCAGCUGUCGGAACACACUCACACGAACCAAUUCGAUUCUGUAUAGACCUCGGAUUUCUCUUGCAUCUGCAAAGUCCGGGAGGAGGCUCGGGAAAUUGGGCAAUCUGUGAUGAGCUUGCAUCUGUCAAGUCCAAGAGGAGGCUCGGGUAAUUGGGCAACUCGUGAUGAGCCUGCAUCUGUUAAGUCCGAUGGUGUACAUAGUACCGGUGCACAACUCAUCUUUACCUGAAUACGAGUCCCCCAUUUUGGUACAUCAACUGCCCUUGUAUAAUGAGGAGCAUCCAUGCCAGAGGCCAGGCCUAGCCCUUAUAGUCAGCCAGUGAAGAAAUUGUUGAUUACAGAUUUGAUUGGAUCACUCGGGGGACUGAACUUCAACCCAAAGUGGUGCAAGCUAGCCUUAGGUGGAAGACGUAGCCCAGAUUUUCAACAAACAGCUAGUUAUACGAGACGCGAGGGUCCAGAAAGAUGGACUCCGUUAUGUCUCGGGAAGGCAAUCCCGCUCAGAGCCACUGCAUGCGUCUGGAUAGUUCUUCUCCCAUGUCUUGCUGUUUGUCCACGACAGAUUCCAGAUCGUGGUGUUAUAGCUCAUACAGCUAGAUACAAAGCUCUUAGCUCCUACGAAGCCAGUACUGUUCACUUUGGCUCCAAACUUUCAGUUAGUGGAAAGCCUCAAACGAGGCUUUUGCGUGAUGACUAAUACCGACUUCUGACUUUGUUUGGGUUAGAGGCCCGUCUAACUUCAGUAUUGUGGAUAGUGUAUUAACUUUGAAGAGCAUUGCUGAAUGGAUUUCGGUUCCUCUGG